UAUUAUGAGUGCUGCAUUAAAUCAUUAUUUAGGCCCAUAAGCCGUUGACUGUAUAUUACUUGCAAGAACCUUUCUGCCCCGAUAUUGUCACCGGCUUUUGUUGUAGUGGUCGUGGUGGUGUAUAUAAUUCUAGCGACUCUGCAAUUUCUGAUGCUCCAUACAGAAUGAACGGGGCAGAUCGCCGCAAUGAAACUAAAGAUCCGAGUGAAUCUAGCUCAUCCCCUGAGGAGAAUCGAAGUCUUGCAUCUGCGUCUGAGAAUUAUAAAGAUAUUGGGCUGAGGCAAUAUUCAUAUGAUCAACUAGCAGAGGCAACUCAUCGUUUCUCCAACAACUACCUACUUGGCGAGGGUGGUUUUGGUCAAGUUUAUGAGGGAUCCCUAGAUGGUACAACCCGUGCUAUUAAGAAACUUAAAAAUCUUGUUGAUGAACAGUCGGAAGAAAAUUUUGAGAAAGAGAUCAUGAUCAUUAGCAAGCUCAGUCACAAAAAUCUUGUUCAGCUGAUUGGUUACUGCAUUGAAGAUGCAAAUAGAUUGCUUGUUUUUGAGUAUUUUCCCAAUAAGUCCUUGAGAUCUAAAUUACAUGGAAGAGAGAUUUUGGACUGGCAAAAAAGAAUGAAGAUUGCCAUAGGCUCUGCAAGAGGAUUGAGAUACCUGCAUGAAGAAUGUGAACCUAGAAUCAUACAUCUAGAUAUUAAACCAGAUAACAUUCUUCUUGAUAAUGAAUUUGAACCAAAGGUUGCAGAUUUUGGACUUGCCCUAUAUUUUUCGGAUGCUGCUACUCACGUCUCCAAAACAACAAAUAAGGGAACCCAAGUUUAUGCAGAUCCAAUGACAACAAAAGUUGGAAAGUAUUCUGAUAAGUCAGAUAUCUACUCUUUUGGUGUUAUGCUUUUAGAGCUAAUUACAGGGAGAAAACCCAUGAAUGAGAGAAAAUCCAUGGAUAAAAGCAGCGACAUUAUUGGUUGGGCAAAUCCUCGAAUUAAAAAAGCUUUGACCGGAGAAUAUACAGAUUUUGUAGAUCUCAAAUUGUCAACAUUUAACUAUGAAGAAAUGCAUCGAAUGAUUUCUUGUGCUAAAGCUUGUAUAAAUAAAUCUCCAAAUUUUCGUCCAUCAAUGAAAAAGGUACUUCUAGCUCUUGAAGGGAAUUUGCCUCUAGAGAAUUUAUGCGAUGAGAAAAACGACAACAAGUGGCGAUGGCCGCGUGCUGCAUAUGAAGCACACACGGAAGAAAUCUCGCCGGCACCCAUGGGUGGCUCUUUCUUGACCGGGUUGUUCAAUAGGAUGAGAAACGCUAAUCGCCAACCCAAAGGAGUAAAAAAAGAAGAGGAAGGAGCUAUUCCAACGCAAGCAACUAAUGUCGACGACACGCAGGAAGGUAUCAUUUACAACGAAAAUUUAGGUGUUGUGAGGUAUACUUUUGAAGCACUAGCAAACGCAACUGAUGAUUUCAAAAUCAAUAACCGCGUUGGUAUGGGUUCUUCUGGUGAAAUUUAUAAGGGAACACUUCCAAAUGGUAAAGUCGUUGCAAUUAAGAAGCUUAGACGUCAUUUUGAUAUGGAUAGAGAGGAAAUUGCGCAACUUCAAUUUGAAAAUGAGGUUAAAAGUUUUAGCCGCAUCCGUCACCGGAAUAUUGUGAAGUUGGUAGGGUAUUGCGGUGAUAAAGCUGAUAGAUUGCUUGUUUAUGAGUUUGUUUCCAACAAUUCGUUGGAAGUUAAUUUACAUGGGAAGGUAAAAAAUACUAUCAUUUGGUCAAUCAGAAUGAAAAUUGCCUUGGGUAUCGCAAAAGGAUUGGCAUAUUUGCACGAGGACUGUGCACCCAGACUCAUUCAUCGAGAUAUUAAAAAUAGUAAUAUUUUUCUAGAUGAUAAUUUUGAUCCAAAGAUCGGAGAUUUUGGAAUUUCCAAAGAUUUUGCAGAUUAUGCUACUCAUGUUUCCACUGAACCAAGGGGAACUUAUGGUUAUGCCCCUCCUGAGUAUUUCAAAAUUGGCGAAAGUAGGAAUCUUACUGAUAAGUCCGACGUCUUUUCCUUCGGCAUUGUUCUUUUGGAGCUAAUUACAGGGAAAAAAGCCUGUGUUAAAAAGAAAAGCAAGCGAUAUAUUUACUUGGCUGUUUGGGCAAUGCCUCUACUCAAACAAAUUUUGGAGUCCGACAAACAAGAUUUGGGCACAGCAAAUUGUGAAAGUCUUUUUGAUUCUAAAUUAUAUAAAAAAUACAAUAAAGAUGAAAUGAUUCGGAUAAUUUAUUGUGCAACAGCUUGUAUAUAUAAACCUGUAAAGUUACGCCCACAAAUAAGCAAGAUAGUUGAAGUACUUAAAGGAAAUAUGGAACCGAAGAAUAUAUGGGUCAGAAAUGAUAACAAAUACCUAUACGAAGGGUCACCAUAUGCUCCAUUACCUUAUGAAACCUCAGACUCUUAAAGCCAAUUUGGGUUUUUUUUUUUU